ACAUGUUGUUGUACUUGAUUGCUAAGCUACAGCCUACAUUUACCUACUGUCAUGUCAGGGGAAGUGGGUAAGUCGUCAUAGUGUGGUGAUGGUGAUGAUAAUGAUGAAAGAAACAGAUGGUCCAUCCGUGUGUGUGUGUGUGCCCGCCUUAUACGUGUGUGUGUGUCGACAACACAUGCACGCGCAAACAAUCCCCUCCACUCCCUACCCCCCAGGGAGCGCUCGCCACACCGCCCUGCAGCAGCCCUCCCGUCUCCCCCUGCCUCUUGUUUGCAGCACUCAGGCCAAACACCAUCUCCUGGUCCCACCCUCGUCUGCCGAGAGCACCUCUCCAUUCUCUCCAUUCUCUCGCGCCUGUGUCAAGCAUGGUGCCGCGCCAGUGCCCUCCAAACUUUGCCUCCUGCCUCUCAGGCUUCGAUCGAACUUUUGACACUUCCUGACGCUCGCGACACGGUGGGAUCCGAACCUUAGAGGCGAAGAUUCAGCGAUAAAGGACCUCCGCUGUCCUCGGGUGUAGCCCCAAGCUCGGGGCUGAAACAUCUCCACGAGAUUAAAACUUGAAAAAAAGUCAUAAUAAAAAUAAUCUCAGCGCCGUCUGCUUCUCCGCCAACCGUCUGGGAAGUUGCCUCCCGUGAUAAGCCCGAUGUCAGCGCCAAGCAGAGCAGACGACUGCCGGGGUGUGCAAGUACCCGCCUGCUGCUGGAGAGACCACUGGCCCUGGGUGAGUGGAGGUGGCAGAGCGCACACACGCAGUGAUUUGCACGACUGUGGUGCUGCUGCUGCUGGUGCUGCUGCUGGUGUCGGGCGCCUACACCAGUGAAGUAGCCGAGGGGGGCGCCCCCGUCUGGUGUCGCUCCAUCACAGCUGGCGGAGGCGAGAGAGAGGCAGCACGCGCACACCAGUGUGUAGGGUACCAACCUCUACCCUCAGUGAAACUCUGUGUUUUGCUGACAGCUACAAGCGGCCGACAACAUCCCACACGGGUGGAGUGCGGGGUGCGGGCAACAACAAGGCCUGGAUGCCGAGGGUGUCUCGUGUAGCAGCAGCAGCAGCACGGGGAGGGGGAGGCCGACACGGGAUGUUACGCCAGGCGAGAAGACAGAUGAACCGGAACAGCCUGGGGUCGGCGCCAAGCGUCUCCUCCACUCGGUGGCCGCAGUAGGUUGAGUGAUCAGAGCCAUCGCCAUCUGUUGGUGACAACGACAAUGUCCUGUGGAGCGGGCGGCCGCAGACGACAGACCUGCGCCAAGAGAGGAUUGUGUGCGUGGAGUGGUCCUUGCCCGAUGAACCACCAGCAGAAGCAGUGAACAUGUCGGUGGAGGCCAGCAGCCUGCAGUUUGUGUCCAGACAUUGGAGGGACUCGUUACCUCCCCGCAUGCCGCAUCGCCAUCAACUCUGUCACCGUCACCUCUGACCUCCUCAUCUGGCGAAUCAGAGAUGAAGAUUCUGCCCGUGCGCAAGGUUCGUUUGUGGACGAGUACGUGUUUGCCGCUGUGCUUCUUCUUCUACAUCGCCGUCUACUGCAACAGCGCCAUCUGGUCGUCGCUUAGCAUUAACACUCAUCCGCUGGACAACAUCCUCACCGGCUCCGGCUUCCGCAAGCUGCUGGAGGAGCGAUCGCGGCUGUCAUCCAACGUGUCGCACGGAGGAGGCGGGAAGAGCCGUCGCCUGCCCUCCUGCAUCAUCAUCGGAGUGCGCAAGUGCGGCACGCGCGCGCUGCUCGAGUUCCUCAGCCUGCAUCCGGACAUCGUAACCGCCGACGAGGAGAUGCACUUCUUCAACAACGACGAUCGGUACCGCCAAGGCCUGGAGUGGUAUCGCCAGCGAAUGCCGCCCUCCCGCAGUCACCAGAUCACCAUCGAGAAGACCCCGGGCUACUUCAUCUCCAGCAUGGCGCCCAGCCGAGUGCAUCGCAUGAACAGCUCCGUCAAGCUCAUCGUCCUGCUGCGCCACCCCACGGUCCGCACCGUGUCGGACUACACGCAAAUCUACUUCAACAAGCUCGGCAAGAACGAGUCGCUGGACGCCUUCGAGGACCUGGUGCUGGACCGCGAGAGCAAGGCCGUCAACCUGCGCUACAAGGCCGUGCAGAUCAGCAUCUACCACCACUACUUCCGGCGCUGGCUCGACAUCUUCCCGCGACAGCAGAUCCACGUGGUGGACGGCGAUCACCUGAUCCUGGACCCCGUGUCCGAGAUCCGCAGCAUCGAGGACUUCCUGGGGGUGCCGCACCACAUCGACUACAGCAUCCUGUACUUCAACAGCACGCGGGGCUUCUACUGCAUGCGCCUCAACGCCACCUAUGAGCGCUGCCUGGGGGCCAGCAAGGGGCGCAAGCACCCAGACAUCGACCAGACGGUGAUCCGUAAACUCAACCGCUUCUUCGUGCCUCACAACAAACAGCUGUUUAACAUGUUGCACGUGCAGUUUCCGUGGACGUGACCCCCACACACAUACCCAGACACCACCCGUAUCUUCUCUCUGUUCCCCACCAUCCACCCUCAAGGAGUAACUGAAGCCUAGGAAUUGUUUGCAGCCGUGGGAGUACGUCACUUUGGGAAGGAGGGAGAGGGAGAGGACGUGGUUCUGUUGAGUGCAAGUUGUGGUGAGCAGCGCCCCCUCACUGUGUGGAGAUGAGUGAGGCCGGGUGCUGUUCUCUUGCCUGUGUCGUGCAGCGGAACCGCAGGACGGACUGGAAUUCAGAGGAUGUGACAUCCACAUUGGGCCAAUGGAGUUGGGAGGAUCGCGGGAGACCCCAGGACGGGUUGUGGUGUGGCCUUGGACUGUGAGAUUCUCGACUGAAGCUUGUGUGACUCUCGGUGCUUGUGUGGGAGGGACCGGAUGUGGCCAGCAGCUCAUGAGGGCUGACGUCACUGACAGACCGCAAGGCAUUGUUUUCAUUGUUGUAGUUACAUGUUUCUUGAAGACUUGUGCAUUCGAGCUCACACACAAACAUACAGACACUCACACACAUACACUCACACACUCACACACUCACACACUCACACACACAGUUGCCAUGACAGCAAGCAGGUCACACGUUAGUUUGUAGACUAAGGUCCGGACAGUGUCUUGAUCGGAAAAUAACUGUUGAUGUUCCUUCUGUGAAGGAUUUGAAAGUUGUUGACCUCUCCAAGACCAUGUCAAAGUACAUCUAACCCAACAUAUGACACAGGGACACAUCGACACAUGGUCACAUCGUCACACUGUCCAAUCAUCACUACUGUCGAGUGUCAGGGGUAGGAGGGAGAGAGGUAGGAGAGGAGAGAGGUAGGAGAGGAGAGAGUAAGCGCUAAUUAUUGAGGAGGCUCGAGUCCAUUUCAAGGUCACCAACAAAACACUCAUCAUCAUCAUCAUCAUCAUCAUUAUUAUCAUCAUCAUCAGCAGCAGCAGCAGCAGCCGCCUGACAGUUUGGAGCUCUAAUGAGAAAGUAAAACAAAAAUCAUUUCCUGGCACAAUAAUGUUUUACAGGCGAAAACCACAGCUAACAACAGUCAUCAUUUUCAUGAUCAUCGCCAUCGUCGUUGUCGAUAACAUACAUUCAGAAACAUCAACAUUAGCUGAGAGACUAAGGUCAUCAGUCCAUCAGAACAUGUUCACACACACCCGGGGACACAAGGCAGGUCAGUGAGAGCGGACAGGGAGGCAGGGAGGGGAGAGGUUGCAUCAUCGACCUCCGACAACAUCGAACAUCAACUUUGUGCGAUCAACAAGUCGUCACUCAGCAUUUAUUCUGCGUGCGUGUGUGUGUGUGAAUUUUUGUCCUGAUGUCUCCAUGUGUGCACUGGUUGCAUGUGCAUGUUUGUGCGUGUGUAGUGUAUUAAUGUAUGUGUGUGCGUGCAAGCGUGCGCGCGCUAGUAUAGUGUAUAAAGUGCCAUCGUGUACCCUGAGUGUCUCGCCGCUUGGGUUUCUUGUCCUCACAAUUUCCUCACAUCUGAAAAAUAACAACACGGAGCACCGGGGGUUAGGAGUGGAGUAGGGCGAGGUAAUGUGGGUCUAGCUGUAGGAUAGUAGCAGCUUAGUGUCGCUUGGCCUUGCUAGGCAUUGGCCAUUGUUGGCUACACCCGGGUAACACUCGGGUAACACUGGGUGGCGUCUGGUGCAUGGUGAGUCUCCACUCGGGUAUGUGGCUUUUAAAACCUUAUCACAGCAAAGAAGGAAGCACACGACCGAGAAGACAGAAAGAGAAAGCAUGUAGACAUCAUGUUUGUUUACUAGUUCACGCGCCACUUCAAAGAGUGUGGGGCAGGGUAGGGAGUGCAGGCCUGGGAAGGGGGUUCGGGGUGGGUGAGGUGGGUGGUGGAGGGUGCUGCGUGUGUGGCGGCUGCUGACGUCACCGUGUGAUUAACGACCCUGCGCUUUGUACUUGGCGCCACCUGGGAGGAAGCGCCGCAACCACAAGCAGCUGCCGGCAGCGUGCGCACCACACCGUCACGUGCUCCACCAACAACCCCCGGGGCCUGUUGCACACGUCGUCGAUGUCUAACGUCUGCACACCAACACUCACGACCGCUCGCCAUCACCAAGAAGCGUUCGCACUCACUAGCGAGCGUUUGUGAUGGCGGAACGUUGGUGCUGACGAGCGCUAGCCGAGAACCAAGAUGUCUCCGCCAAGCGCGUGGUAACAACGGCGUGACGUCACUGAUGGGUUGCGCGUGCAGGCUGUGGCGUGCAUCAUGGAGUGAGUGAGUGCCAGCAGCUGUGGUGCCAAGGUCGAGAUGCAAGGACGAGAUGCGGCCGCCGGAGUCUGCAGUAAGGCGGUAAUGGCGGUUGUGUCAAACGGCGAGCAGACGACUUGUAGCUCCUGUUGGCCGAACGUUGCGAGCUGCUCGUGAAGGUUCGACUGUCUGCACAUUCUGCUCGUGAAGAGAUACAUGACGUCACAUAAGCAUUAACAUCCGACACAGGCUCAGCAGUCAGGAAGUGUUUCUAGAGACACAACAUAGUAAGUGCAAGUCCCAAGUGUUUACAGCAGCAGUCAACACCUGUAAACACACUCAGGUGUGUCAGGAAAUGUCUGACACGACUAAAGUGUCUGUGACACACUGACAUGAUGAUGAUGCGGAGCACAACAGAAGCUGCGUGAUGAUGACGAUGAUGACGAUGAUGACGACGACCUGCUGAGUGUAGCGAUGUCAGCAGCAAGGUGUGUGCAGCCGCUGGUGGAGGUGUGUGGAUGCAGUGUGCAGCAGCCUCCCCAUCACGCGCUGCCGUCCAGUGUCGCGGCCAGCGGCUGGCGCUGUUGUCGUGGAUACAGUCCCCUGCCUGGUGUCCGCCAUGUUGUGUUGUUAUCGUCUUCCUGUUGUUUGUCGUGACAGUCGGCAUCGCUACGUGGAGCUGAGUAUUGCGACUGGAGGACACAGGUAAGCAUACAUACACACCUGUCUACAGUAAACAACUUACACACAACUGUCUCAGCCACACAGGGAGGCCACCUGGCUGCGAUAAACACGCGGAGGAUGUUUGUGGCGGAGAGGGAGGAACAAAUGGCUGUAACUCAGUGUUUGUGAUGAUGGCUGUCUGUUGAGCUGCGACACUAACCAGGGGAACAUUAACACACAUUAACCUGAGGUUAGCAUUUUUUUUUGUUUUUAUUAGAAAGCUUUAGAUAGAAGGAGGAGUAGAAACUCAUUUGCGAUUGGAUGUAAGUGGAUGUUGGCUGUCCUCCUGGCUCCCUGUCCACGAUGGCCAACAGCUGCUUGACAAAGUGCAGGACAGUUUCUCACUCACUCGCUGUCCCCCCACAGCUGGACACAGGGCACAGGACACAUGACACAGGGCACAGGACACAUGACACAGACACAGGACACAGGACACAGGGCACAGGGCACAGGACACAGACACAGACACAGGACACAGUGUGUCAGAAAUAUUUGUAAGGUUACUUGUCUGUGAAACAUGUUAUAAGGCUACUCACGUUUACAAGGAUGUGAGGGGACACCUGUGUAACAAGAUUUGCAUGUUGUCAGGCGCGAGGAGGAUGUGGGACUGGAGGAGGAUUCUUUCACGAGGAAUGGAGGACAGAAGAUGCUUCACCGUCCUUGCACACUGCUCGGUUUUUUUUUUUUUUUUUGCACUGGACAGUUUGUUAUCUACACUACAGACACUCAUGUCAGGCUACAGGAGACUUCAUCACACGAUCAAAUUCCUGAGAACCAGAGGGAGGGAAAGAUGUACCCCUCCCUCCCACCAACCAGAUCCUAGGUCUUUAGGUUUGAUUUCCCGAACAUGUUUGAAUGAGGGAGGAGGAAGCAGGAGAUAAAUAUAGAGAAGGUGUAGCUGAAGGAGAAAGACACACUAUCCAACACAUAGUCUAAUCAAAUGUAGAUGUUUAGGUUUAGUAAACUACUUUGGCACAGGAGACAUUUUAUUGUAGUGUGUGAUGCGCGCGUGUGUAUGUGUGUAUGAGGAUACCGGCACCUGUACUGUUCGUGUUUGUGUGUGUGUGUAUGAGGACACUGGGACCUCUCUAUGUGUUUGUGAGUGUGUAUAAGGACACUGGCACCUCUCUAUUCGUGUUUGUGUGUGUGUGUAAAGGACACUGGGACCUCUCUAUUCGUGCACAGUUCCAUUGACAGCACAAAUAUUUUCAUGAGUCAGGAUGUUCCAGCCUCCAGUACCCGGGGUGCCUGACCACUUCCUGUCCUGUGGCCAGUGUCCGUAGGUCCGGACAGUCGGCCAGACGCCAUGCUCAGACACAGGCGAGCCUAUGGGACAAGUUCCCCGCACAAAAACACUUUUUAUUCUCGUAACAUCCACACAAACAAGUUUCCGUAAAGCUCCAAACAUCAACAACCAAAUCUUCAGUGUUUGUGUUCGUUCUGACCACGCACGUGACACACAACAGACUGUGUGCACGUGGUGAUGUCACUGCUAGUGGUGAGCAUGUCGAAUAUUCAUCCUGGUGAUGUGUUUGACAGUCUGUCAUUAUAUUUCAAACUAUUGCUCAGCGCCUCUACCACUGACUUUGUCACUCAAUACUUGUAUUAGACAUUUAUUAUCACAUUAGUGCAGUUAGUGCGCAUGACAUUGAUUAUCAGUAAAUAACUAUGUAUCACACCAUGGCUUACCAUUACAUAAUAUUAUUAUACAUUGAUGACCACUGGAACACACGUGCUGUAUCUCGCUACUGCUCAUUGCUACAGACACAUCGUUGUUUACAGUGAACUGCAGUGACACUGUUUACUAGAUGCACAAUGUUGUUUACCACUCAGUGGAGUGUGUCAGCUGUUGUUUAUCGCUCAGUCAGACGUGUGCCAAACACUGAGUGCCACACGCUUGCUGCUUCCAUUUUGCACUUGUUGAGCCACUCUCCGUGUCACGUGACACUGAUGCUGCUUACUACUCAGACCCUGUGUCGGGGGGAGAGCGCCUCCCUCCCGCAGAGUGGUUCACCGUGACCUCUGUAAGAGAUCGCAGUUGUUGUUUGAUACCUGUGGUCACUUGACAAACAUUAAACAUUCUUAUUCAUAUUUUA